AUGUCGGAAAGCAACGGUCAUUUUUCUUUUCCAAAGGAGGAAGAAAAGGUACUUGCCUUGUGGAACGAGAUCGAUGCCUUCCAGACUUCCUUGAAGUUAACUGAGGGCCGGCCGGAAUUCUCAUUCUUUGACGGUCCACCAUUUGCAACCGGUACGCCACACUAUGGGCACAUUCUGGCGUCUACUGUGAAGGACAUUGUUCCCAGGUACGCUACCAUGAACGGCUACCACGUUGAGAGAAGAUUUGGCUGGGACACGCACGGUCUUCCAAUUGAGCACAUCAUCGACAAGAAGCUCAACAUCACUUGUAAGGAGGACGUAUACAAAUUUGGGAUUGAAAACUACAACAACGAAUGCCGGGCGAUCAUCAUGACCUAUGCGGACGAGUGGCGGAAGACGAUUGGGCGUCUUGGCCGGUGGAUUGACUUCGACAACGACUACAAGACGAUGUACCCUUCGUUCAUGGAGUCGGUGUGGUGGGCCUUCAAGCAGCUGUAUGAAAAGGAGCAAGUGUACAGGGGGUACCGUGUCAUGCCAUAUUCGACCGGUUGCACCACUCCUCUCAGCAACUUUGAGGCACAGCAAAACUACAAAGAAGUCAACGACCCAGCGGUUACCAUAGGGUUCAAUGUAGUCGGGGAGGAGAACACGCAGUUUGUUGCAUGGACGACUACUCCGUGGACUUUACCAUCUAACCUUGCACUGUGUGUCAACCCAGAGUUUGAGUAUGUCAAGAUUUAUGACGAAAAGAAGGAUAGAUAUUUCAUCUUGAUGGAAUCCUUGUUGAAGUCCUUAUACAAGAAGCCUGCUGCUGAGAAAUACAAGGUGGUGGAAAGAUACACAGGGAAGGACUUGGUUGGCAUGAAGUACGAGCCAUUGUUCCCGUACUUCAAGGAAGAAUACGGCACCCAGGCUUACAGGGUCAUCUCUGAUUCAUAUGUCACAAAUGACUCAGGUACUGGUAUUGUCCAUAACGCGCCAGCGUUUGGUGAGGAUGAUUACCGUGUGUGCUUGGCAAAUGGCAUCAUUAAUGAGGAUUCGACGUUGCCAAACCCAGUUGAUGACAGCGGAAAAUUUACUUCCGAGGUAACUGACUUCAGCGGAAAGUACGUCAAGGAUGCUGAUAAGGAGAUCAUCAAGCAUUUGACCGCUACUUCCAACCUUCUUUUGGCUACGCAGGUCCGGCACUCCUACCCAUUCUGCUGGAGAUCUGAUACACCAUUAAUUUACCGUUCCGUCCCUGCGUGGUUCGUUCGUGUCAAACCAAUCAUCCCUCAAUUCUUGGAAUCUGUAAAGAAGUCCAACUGGGUGCCAACUGUUAUUAAAGAGAAACGGUUCGCUACUUGGAUUGCUAAUGCUAGAGACUGGAACAUUUCUAGAAACAGAUACUGGGGUACUCCAAUUCCUCUCUGGGUCUCGGAUGACUUUGAUGAGAUUGUUUGCGUCGGCUCUAUCGCAGAAUUGGAAGAACUAUCUGGUGUUAGCGGCAUCUCCGAUCUACAUCGUGAUACAGUGGACAAGAUAACCAUUCCUUCUAAGAAGGGUAAGGGUGAGCUGAGACGUAUUGAGGAGGUGUUUGACUGUUGGUUUGAGUCUGGUUCGAUGCCUUACGCUUCUCAGCAUUACCCAUUUGAGAACACUGAAAAGUUUGCACAGAGAGUUCCAGCGAACUUCAUAUCUGAAGGUUUGGACCAAACCAGAGGAUGGUUCUACACACUUGGUGUGUUGGGUACUCAACUGUUUGGGCACGUGCCUUAUCAAAAUGUGAUCGUCAGUGGUAUUGUGUUAGCUGCUGAUGGAAAAAAGAUGUCUAAGUCUCUCAAAAACUACCCAGACCCUAACAUUGUCAUCGACAAGUACGGAUCAGAUGCUUUGCGGUUGUACUUGAUAAACUCCCCUGUUUUGAGAGCCGAAUCUUUGAAGUUUAAAGAGGAAGGUGUCAAAGAGGUUGUGUCUAAGGUACUGCUACCAUGGUGGAACUCUUUCAAAUUCUUGGAGGGCCAAAUUGCCUUGUUGAAGAAGACAUCCUCAGUCGACUUUAAGUAUGAUCCAAAUGUUCGCAGUGAUAACGUAAUGGAUAGAUGGGUGCUUGCGUCUCUACAGUCAUUAAUCAAAUACAUCCAUGUGGAGAUGAAAGCCUACAAGUUGUAUUCCGUUGUGCCACGCCUACUGGACUUUAUUGAUGAAUUGACCAACUGGUAUAUUCGCUUCAACCGUCGUAGACUGAAGGGUGAGGAUGGUAUGGAAGACUGCAUCAACGCUUUGAAUACCCUCUUUGAAGCACUCUUCACAUUUGUACGUGCCAUGGCACCAUUCACUCCAUUUUUGUCCGAGACUAUCUACUUGCGCUUGCGGGAGUACAUUCCGAAGGAUAUUCUUGACCACUUUGGCGAAAACCAUGAAUCUGUUCAUUUCUUGCGCUACCCAGUUGCCAAAGAACACCUCUUUGAUGAUGCUAUUGAGCGCUCGGUAGGAAGAAUGCAGACAGUCAUCGAGCUUGGUAGGAAUAUUCGUGAAAAGAAGACCAUAUCCUUGAAAACGCCAUUAAAGACAUUGAUCAUCUUGCAUUCAGAUCAACAGUACUUGGAAGACAUUAAGGCUUUGAAAAAGUACAUUUUUGAGGAAUUGAACGUGCGCGACCUGGUCAUCACUUCCGAUGAAAAAAAGUACGGCGUUGAGUACAAGGCAGUAGCUGACUGGCCAGUUCUCGGUAAGAAAUUGAAAAAGGACGCCAAGAAGGUGAAGGACGCUUUGCCAGCUUUGCUAUCAGAGCAAGUUCAGCAAUACUUGGAAACGGGAGUUAUAGAGGUGGCCGGUAUUGAGCUGGUCAAGGGUGAUCUUUCGGUUAUUCGGUGCCUACCAGAAGCCCAGGUGCAGGAGGGCCAGGAAGCUAGGUCUGACCAGGAUGUCCUCAUCAUCCUAGACACCAAGAUUCACCCUGAGUUGCGUACCGAAGGCCUUGCCAGAGAGCUAGUUAACAGAAUCCAGAAGCUAAGAAAGAAAUGCGGCCUGGAGGCAACUGAUGACGUAGCGAUAAAGUACGAACUACUACAUGACACUAUUGAUUUUGACGCGUUAGUCCAGGAGCACGGUCAAAUGUUGCAAAAAGCUUGCCGUUCCGAAAUUACAAAAUUCGAAGGUUCCGACGAAGAGCCUUUGGUCGACGAGGAGCAGGCCAUUAACGACACCACGUUUAGACUAAAGGUUUUCCAUCUGUAA